UGAGCCGACUCCCGCUGCUCCCCAGGCCCCUGCCCGUUGCCUUUCCGCUCCUGUGUCCGGCGCCGCCGCCUGUGGCUGCUGCAGCCCGGGCCUCUCCGCCCGGUAACACCAUCCUUCCAGUAAGAAUCAUCCUGGACACUCCAUCACUCAACAAACGUUUGUUAAGCACCUGCUGUGUAUUGAAGCACUCUCCUAGACCUUGUUUUUGCCCUCCAUCCAGCAGCUUCCAUUCCAUGGGGAGAUCACAUGCCCACAAAUAAGUGUAUACAACGUCAAUUAAAGGGUGAAAGAAAAUGUCCUUGUUUAAAGCUCGAGACUGGUGGUCUGCUGUCCUGGGAGAGAAAGAAGAAUUCGACCAAGGGUGUCUGUGUGUGGCCGACGUGGACAACAGCUGCACUGGAGAGGAUAAAAUAGUUGUGGGCAGUUACACAGGUUACCUGAGGAUCUUCUCCCCGCACCCUGUCAAAGUGGGGGACAGAGCACAGGCUGAAGAUUUGCUCCUCGAGGUUCAUUUACGAGAUCCCAUCCUCCAAGUAGAAGUGGGAAAAUUUGUUUCAGGGACGGAGCUGCUGCAUUUGGCUGUGCUGCACGCCAGAAAGCUUUGUGUCUACUCUGUCUCAGGAACUGUGGGUAAUGUGGAACAUGGGAACCAGUACCAGAUCAAGCUCAUGUAUGAACAUAAUCUGCAGCGGAUCGCCUGCAACAUGACAUACGGAUCCUUUGGUGGCGUCAAAGGUCGAGACUUGAUUUGUAUCCAGUCCAUGGAUGGGAUGCUCAUGUUGUUUGAACAGGAAAGUUACGCGUUUGGGCGGUUUCUCCCUGGUUUCCUCCUGCCUGGCCCUCUCACUUACAGCUCCCGGACAGAUUCCUUCAUUACCGUCUCUUCCUGCCGCCAUGUUGAGAGUUACAAGUACCAAGUACUUGCCUUUGCAACAGAUGCAGAUAAAAGAGAAGAUACAGAACAGCAAAAGCUUGGCGCUGGAAAAAGGCUGGUGGUGGAUUGGACUUUAAACAUUGGCGAGCAAGCGCUGGACAUCUGCAUUGUCUCCUUCAACCAGUUGGCUUCCUCUGUUUUUGUGCUCGGUGAGAGAAACUUCUUUUGCCUUAAGGACAAUGGGCAGAUUCGAUUCAUGAAGAAACUGGACUUCAGCCCUAGCUGCUUUCUCCCAUAUUGCUCAGCGUCGGAAGGAGUGGUCAACACCCUGAUUGGGAACCACAGCAAUAUGCUGCACGUUUACCAGGACGUGACGCUGAAGUGGGCCACGCAGCUUCCCCACGUGCCCGUGGCGGUGAAGGUGGGCUGCUUGCAAGGUCUGAAGGGCGUGAUCGUCACUCUGAGUGAUAACGGCCAUCUGCAGUGCUCCUACUUGGGUACAGACCCGUCUCUGUUCCAAGCCCCGAAAGUGGACUCUAGAGAAAUAAACUAUGAAGAACUCGAUGUUGAAAUGAAAGAGCUACAGAAAAUCAUCAGAGAUGUCAACACAUCUCCAGGUCCUCUAGCUGAGAAAGAAGAUUUUCUGUCGAUUUUUGCCACCGUCUCCUCCACCCUGGACAGCGUGUCUCAAGCCGCCAGCCAUGAAGUGGGAGCUGAAGCCGUGCCCUCAGUCACAGUGAAGGUCAUGAUACGGAGCCGGCUAGCAUUGCAGAAAACCAAGCUGUCCAUUUAUGUCGAGUCCCCGUUAGCAGCCACCCGUGAUCACUUCAUCUUUGAUUUCUUAGAGCCAGAGAUUCUGAAAACCAUCAGCUUGUCUGUGUUUCUGAAAGGAAAUUACCUGCCUUCAGAACUGGAAGGCACCGCCAUGGCCUCGUAUAGCAUGCCCACAGGUAUCCUUCGAAUUGUCCAGUGUAAAUUCAGACUGCCCCUGAAAUUAAUAUGCUUGCCCCAUCAGCCUUCCAAAAUAGCAAGUCACAAACUCACGAUUGAUACGAACAAGCCUCCUAUCAGUCUUCUCAGCCUCUUCCCAGGCUUUGCUAAUCAGUCUGAUGAUGACCAGGUGAACAUGCUUGGAUUUCGCUUCAUAACCGGCUCCCAAGUUACCGUCCUGGCCUCCAAGACCUCCCAACGCUAUCGGAUCCAGAGCGAGCAGUUUGAGGACCUGUGGCUCAUUACCAAGGAGCUCACUCUUCGUCUUCAGGAGCAUUUUGAAAAGCAGGGAGUCAAGGAUUUCACUUGUUCUUUCUCGGGCUGCAUUCCUCUGCAAGAAUACUUUGAGCUAAUUGACCAGCAUUUUGAGCUCCGAUUGAAUGGAGAAAAAGUUGAAGAGCUAUUAUCUGAAAGAGCCAUCCAGUUCCGAGCCAUCGAACGACGCCUGCUGAGCAGGUUCAAAGAUAAGACGCCUGCUCCUCUCCAGCAUCUGGACACCUUGCUUGAUGGCACGUACAAACAGGUAAUUGCCCUGGCAGAUGCCGCGGAGGAGAACCAUAGCAAUCUGCUGCAGUCCUUUGCCAGGCUGAAGAGUGCCACCCACCUGGUGAUCAUGCUGAUUGGUCUGUGGCAGAAGCUCAGCGCUGACCAGACUGCCAUUUUGGAGGCCGCAUUUUUGCCACUACAGCAGGACUCUCAGGAGUUGGGCUGGGAGGAAACGGUGGAUGCUGCUGUGGCCCACCUGUUGAAGACUUGCCUGUCCAAGAGCUCCAAGGAGCAGGCCCUGAACCUCACCAGCCAGCUGACCAUCCCCAGGGACACAAGCCGUCUGAAGAAGCACAUCACCCUUCUCUGCGACCGCCUCGCCAAAGGGGGCCGCCUCUGCCUCAGCACCGACGCCGCGGCUCAGCAGACCAUCGUCAUGCCAGGUGGUUGUGCUACCAUCCCAGAGCUAGACCCAGAGGAGAGAACAACUGAGCAGGACUCAAGCAACAUGUUUCCCAACCAGAGGCACCUGGCCACCCAGACCCUCAAGUCAGAAACUUCUCCCCCUGCCACAUUUCUGGAAUAAUCAGAAUGGAACGAUCCAGUUUGGCCAGAUGGAGACCUCAUGCCACGUGCAGAAGCAGCCUAGGGGUGGUCUCAGGCUUGGAGCCUACUCACCUGUGCGAGGGUGGCUUUGGGUGGAGGUGGGAAGGAAGACAUCAACUCUAGGGAAGGCUUUGUCAUUGCAUGUUGAUCCAUUGGAACUUAGACUCUACUUCUCUUUGGGGAAAGCAGUGUUCUCACCUCCUUGUGCCGGCUUUGGGGGGAUGGAAGCUGAUGGCCACACUGGAGACAGUUGGUUCACUGCUGAAUUCUACAGCCCGAAGGUUCCUAUCCAGAAAAGGCACCACUGUUCAAUAAAGCUAUGGUAGCACGGA